AUGAAAAGCUUCAAGAUACUUAAUGCUAUUAGCAAUAAAACUGUACUUCAAUAUUUAAAAAGAAAAUUCGAUAUCAAUGUAUAUCUGAUACAACAAUUAUUUCAAUUAUUACAACAUCAAUUUGUCUUCCCGAUCCAAUUACGAUUACUGGAAAACUUUUAUCUUGCUAAAUCAUGUUCUGAAGUUCGCAAAGUUUCAACAAGGUCAACAGAAAUGAAUGAAACAAAAGCUCAGCGUCUUCAAGAUGAAACUAGGAUAACUUGA